CCCAGUUGAUGAAUUUAAAGAAAAGGUUGUUAGAAUGUUCAACCAGCCAGGAAACGAGCAUGGGCAAGGCACGAGUGCUGUCAGAGAAGGCAUGCAAAUCGAUGUUGGCAAGUUGACCGCUUAUCUCCAAAAACAUAUGCCGGAAGGAUUCCGAGCACCGCUUGAAGUUCGUCAAUUCCAACUUGGACAAAGUAACCCCACGUAUUUCCUCAAAGACGCAAACUCGACUCGUUAUGUGCUUCGUAAGAAGCCUCCGGGAACGCUCAUUUCUCAAACUGCCCACGCCGUGGAACGAGAAUACAAAGUUCUUCACGCUCUGGGCACGCGUACAAAUGUCCCGGUUCCGAAAGUCUAUGUAUUGUGCGAAGACAAGGAAAUACUUGGAACGCCAUUCUACGUUAUGGAGUUUCUGGAGGGAAGGAUAUUCUCGGACAAUUUGUUGUCAACGGUGCCGAAGCAGGACAGGAGGGCUUAUUACUUUUCCAUCAUCGACACUCUAGCUCGUCUUCACAAGGCCCCAUUCAGGGAGAUUGGGUUGGAGAACUACGGCAAAGCGGGAGGCUUCUACGAGCGUCAGAUUCGCCGCCUUCUGCAAGUCUCUAACGCUCAAGCUUCCGUCACUGACGAGGCGGGGGAAGCUGUGGGACCUCUUUACAAACUCUCAUCCUCCAUUGAAUGGUUCAAGAAAAACAUGGUGGCUGACGAAGUCACUAUCUGCCAUGGUGAUUUCAAGCUGGACAAUGUGGUGUUUCAUCCCACUCAAUCUACUGUAAUUGGUCUGCUUGAUUGGGAGUUGUCAACCAUCGGACAUCCUUUGAGUGAUCUAGCAAACUUGUUGUUACCGUUUUAUACUCCCGGAGUAUUCCCUGAAGGAAUGGCUGUGAUGGAAAUGAAACGACCAUUGGACAUACCAGAGGCUGAGGAACUCGUCCAAGAGUACUGCAGAUUGACAGGGAGACAGUACCCAAUUCCGAAAUGGGACUUUUGCGUUGCUUUUGCGUUCUUCCGACUUGCGGUUAUUGCUCAGGGGAUUGCCGCACGGAUCAAGCGGAAGCAAGCCAGUUCCGCCAAUGCCCGACAAGCUGCAAAACUAUUUCAACCUUGCGCCCAUCGGGUCGCUGACAUUGCUGCGGGUGGACGCUUGACGGGUGCAGUCAAUCCCAACGCCUCGAAACUCUGAGGUCAGCAUAGAAUUCAACUGGUCCAUAGAGUGAAAGAUCAGGUAGCUUCGAAAAUACUGUGCUCCUGCGUCUCAUAGCAUUUUAUGGACUACAUACUGCAAUAUAUGUACUUUUCGUGAAAUCAACCUAUCUACUGCAAUA